AGCGUUGCUCGUCUGAGAGCAGCUGCGGGUCCAGAGGAGAGUCCUCGGGAACGUGGGAGGCAAGGAGGAAGGGGGCGGGAUGACGAGACCCGUGCUGCGGCCCGCCGGGCUCGGACCGUUCGUCCCGCCGUGGCUGCCGCUGCCCGCGGCGCCGGGGCGCGGAGUCCAGGCCCCGAGGGCCAGGCCCGCGCCGCGCUGCCCGCCGCUGCCCUCCGCUCGGCGGGGGACGGCCCCGGGACUCGACCGCCGCGGGGGCUGCCGCGUCUGCGCCGCGGCCGAGGGCGAGGCCUGCGGCGGGGCGCUCGGCCGGCCGUGCGCCGCUCGCGCCCCGGCUCCUCGGCGGCGGGGGGCGGCCGCGUGCGGCGGCGACGGGCGCACCUACCCCAGCCUGUGCGCGCUCCGCGCCGAGAACCGCGCCGCGCGCCUCCGUGGCGCGCUCCCGGCCGUGCCGGUGCGGAAGGGGGACUGUGGAGCCCCAGGGACCAGAAGCGCAGGCUGGCUCAGGAGCAAGUACAACUUCAUCGCCGCCGGUGAGAUGGUGGCCCCGUCCGUGGUCCACUUACAGCUGUUCCGCGGGUCGCCUCUCAGCAGUGAGGAUAUUCCUGCAUCCAGUGGCUCUGGGUUCAUAGUGUCUGAGGAUGGGCUUAUUGUUACCAGUGCCCACGUCCUCACGAACCAGCAGUGGAUCCAGGUGGAGCUCCAGAGCGGGGUCCAGUAUGAAGCCACUGUCAAUGACAUUGACCAUAAAUUGGAUCUUGCCCUGAUUAAAACUGAGCCAAAUACUGGACUUCCUGUAUUGCUGCUGGGAAAGCCAUCUGACCUGCGAGCUGGCGAGUUCGUAGCGGUCUUGGGUAGCCUGUUUUCACUGCAGAACACAGUGACGGCAGGCAUUGUCAGCACCACACAGUGAGAGGGCAAAGAGCUGGGGCUGAAGGAUUCAGGCAUGGACUACCAGACGGAUGCCAUAAUUAAUCACGGGAAUUCCAGGGGGCCUCUGGUGAAUUUGGAUGGUGAUGUGAUUGACAUAAACACACUGAAGGUGACCACAGGAAUCUCCUUUGCAAUUCCCUUGGAUCGCAUUCGAUAGAAAGGCUUUGUUAGUAACAGGUCAUAAUUCUCCUUUCCAGGAAAGGCUGUUUCACAGAAGAAAUAGCUGGGUCUGCGCAUGCUGUCCCUCACUAUGAACCUGCUUCAGGAAAUGAAAAGGCAAGAUCCAGAUUUCCCUGAUGUGACCUCUGGAGUGUUUGUAUAUGAGAUGAUUCAAGGAACAGCUGCUGAAAGCUCUGGGUUGAGAGACCGUGAUGUAAUAGUCAGCAUAAACGGACAACCUGACACGACAACCGACGUGAUUGAAGCUGUUAAGGCCAAUGAUUCCCUUUCUAUCCUGGUUCGUCGGAGAAGUCAACUGUUGAUCCUGACAGUCACACCUGAAACAACCAAUUAAGUGUCUUGCUUUAAAAAGAAAUGAUCUAACAAAACCAAA